AUGGCCGUCGACCAGUGUCCCCUGUGCCACAGGAACUACGCACAGCUCAGCCAGCACCUGCGGGUAACCCACAAGGUUACGAACGUGACGGAGCGCAAGCUUCUCCUGGCCCUGGAAUCGGGAAGGGUGAACGUGCGGGUCGGCGUUUGCCCCGUUCCCGGAUGCUACCGGGAGUCGAAUCGGCUGGACCGGCACCUGAAGAGCCACACCGAGCUGUCGGCGGCAGCGCGGAGGAACGCGAUGGCGGCCUGCAAACGAAAGAAAAUCCUGCAGGACCUGGCCAAGCUGAGGGCCUCCAACCCGGAGGUCCAAAUGGCCUCCUCGCUGGAUCUGGAUGAGCCCAAUUCUGUAGGGGAGAAGGAGGUUCCAGCCGAGGAGGAGGAGGUCUGUGAGAACCGGGGCUGCAAGACCAAGGUGUCUCGGCUGGUUGAGGAGAACGCAGACCUGAGAAACCAGGUGGAAACUCUGGCCAGCACACUGAGGGAGGUGUCCCGGCGCUACAGAUCCCUGAAGCGGCAAAGGGGAAAGAAGCCCUCCGACCAGGUAAAGAGGGUAACCAAGCAGCUCCUGCUAUCGUUCCAGAGGGAGGACGAGGACGAGGAUGCUGUGCCUCCCACUCCACCGACGGAGGGCACCUCAUCACAGCCGACCUCAUCGGCUGUGCUCAGCCCCCAGCUGCACUCCUCCCAGCGCUCCUCCACCCCCCAGCGCUCCUCCACCCCCCAGCGAGCCAGGAGCGAGAGCCCGCCGCACUUCCCAGAGCAUGUGACAUGCUUGAACGUGCUGCUCAACGAGUACAGGAGGCACCAGGAGGGUCCCGAACCAACUCCUAAGCUGAGGGAAAACGUAGGGGGGAAGAUAUAUCGCAUUAAGAACUUUUUGUCCUUCAUGGCCAAAGGAAGGUCAAAGCUCCACACUCUGACCUUCCUGGACGACAUGGACAGGAUCCGGGGGUGGGUGCACAGCCUGAGGAAAAAGGUCAUCGUCGACACCACGAUAAACCACUACAUCAAAAACGUGGCGCAAUUCAUGGACUACCUGGUUGACACCCCUCCUGGGACCUGUCGGCUUUCAAAAAAGGCGCUGGUGGGAGUCCGUCGGGAGGUCCGGUCUCUCAUUCGAGGGUUGAAGCGGCAGGUCACAGUCCACCAAAUGGCGGUGAAAAGGUCGAAGGACGGGCGGCUAAUUUCCAAGCACACCCUGAUCCGGUGCAGGGAAUUAGCCAAGGCCGCGAUCCCGAGGAUUUUCGACCAGCUGGAGAGAGACUUCUCCCAGAAGACUCAGUUUCUUCUUUACGGGUAUAUAACCGCCUAUCUUGGGUCCAUUUAUGGUCACAGAUGCGGCGUGUACCAGAAUUUGACUAUAAAAGAGGUGGAGGAAGCCGUCCAUUCUGGGGAGGUGUUCCUGAUUAACGUGAACAGGCACAAAACCAACCAGGCCUUUGGACCGGCACAGAUGGCGCUGGUGAAAGAAGAGUACACAUGGUUUCAGAGGCUGCUGAGCAUCAAAGACAACCUGGUGGGCGGGACUGAGGCAGUCUUCUUUUUCUUCACCUCCACAAAGAACCCGUGCAAGAAUCUCAACAAUUACUUCCAGAUGGCGUGGAAGGAGAUGGGGCUGCCGGGAACCCCCACUUUCACGGACCUCAGGAGCGCCAUUGCCACGCACGCAAGGAACUCCCACGGGGCGGACGCGCGGCUGAAAAUCUCCAAGUUCAUGUGCCACAACACAGCAACGGCCGACAAAUUCUACGCGGUUAAUCUCAACUGCUCUCAGGCCAUGGAUCACCGCCGCCUUUUCGAGGCGGCAUUGGAGGGACCAGACACCUCCCCAGACAAGGUGGUCAGCGAAAAGAGAAAGGCGGCGGGCAAAGGGCCUCGUUCUUCCAAGCGCAAACGCAGCUCUCCCUGCCGCUCCUCGAGUCCUGGGAGCACCACUACGGACGAGGAGGAGCCUGUUUACCAGGAGUCCGGCGUGUCGUCCCUAGACGAGGACGAGGACUUGGAGGGACCCCAGGACUCGGAGGAACCCCGGCCCACACCCCGGAGUAUGCUGCCGAAGAACAAGAGGGCCAUGGUGAUCCUCACACCGCUAAAGUUCCGUCCCCGGGCCAUCCUGACCUCCCCGGUCGGCAGCACCGGGAGCAGCCGCCGUUCGCCCCACACCAAAUCGUCCAGCGGCAUCAAGGGUCCGUCUUACAGGCGUCGCAUCAUAAAAACUUUCACGCCGCUGGGCGUCGCCAAAGCCACGAAGGCUAAGGCAAAGGUCCAAAAGGCCUUAAAGACUCGAGCCCAAAAAAAAGCCAAGUAACGGAGGUUAUUGUUGUGUUUUGACAUUUGUUCAGAUGUUCAGUUGUUCCUAAUGUUGGCUUAAUUUUUGAUGUUCUCAUGUUCUGUUUUGAAAUUUGUUCAGAUGUUCAAUUGUUACUGAUGUUGCCUUAAUGUUCAAUGUUCUCAUGUUGUGUUUUUAAAUUGUUCAGAUGUUCCAUUGUUCUAUGAUGUUUCGUGUUCUUUUUAUACAUUCGAUUCACUUGUAAAUAGUUUAAUUUGAAUCCACUUUAUUUUUUUAAAUUGCUGUUUGGUGACUUUUUGUUUUAAUAAAUGAUGGCCCGUUCAUUUGAACAUUCCUCUCAUGUGUGAUUCCUAUCUUUAGAUAAUUGACCUGGGUUAAAAACUUAAAAACUUCAACUCAUCUUUAACUUAAUAAUUAACUUUCAAUG